AUGCACUCUCUCACGCGUCUCACUCACUCUCUCACGCGCCCUCUCUCACGCGCCCUCUCUCACGCGUCUGACGCGCUCUCUCACGCGCUCUCUCAUGCGCUCUCGUGCGCUCUCUCAUGUGCUCUCUCACACGCUCUCUCACGCGCUCUCUCACGCGCUCUCUCACGCGCUCUCACGCGCUCUCUCAUGCUCUCUCUCAUGCUCUCUCUCACGCGCUCCCUCUCGCGCUCUCUCACGCGCUCCCUCUCGCACUCUCUCACGCGGACUCUCAUGCGCUCUCUCACGCUAUCUCUCACGCUCUCUCUCACGCGCUCUCUCACGCGCUCUCUCACGCCCUCUCUCACGCCCUCUCUCACGUGCGCUCUCGCUCGCGCUUUCACGCGUCUCUCAUGCGCUCUCUCACACGUCUCUCACGCGCUCUCUCACGCGCUCUCUCACGUGUCUCACUCGCUCUCUCACGCGCCCUCUCAUGCGCCCUCUCUCACGCGUCUGACGCGCUCUCUCACGCGCUCUCUCAUGCGCUCUCCCACGUAUCCGAUUAGCUCGGACUCAGGUCUCUUUCCCCCCCCACCUCCCCUUUCAGGUCUUUUUCCCCCCUCCCCACUUGCCAGCACUGACUCA